CCCCCCCAGCCCCUAGGAGCGGGCACGUGGACGGCUGUGACACACAUGGCGGCGGCGGUAGAGAUGGCGGAACUGAUCCUGGAAGACGGGAGCCGCUUUACCGGCACACUCUUCGGGCGGAGCCGGCCGGUGUCCGGGGAAGUGGUCUUCCAGACGGGCAUGGUGGGCUACCCCGAGGCUCUGACGGACCCUUCAUACAAGUCUCAGAUCCUGAUCCUCACAUACCCGCUGGUCGGGAACUACGGCAUUCCUGCCGAUCAACUGGAUGAGUUUGGUCUUAGCAAGUGGUUUGAAUCGGCUCGGAUUCACGUGUCGGCGCUCAUCGUGGGAGAAUGCUCGGACAACCCCAGCCACUGGAGCUGCAGCCAGUCGCUGGACCAAUGGCUGAAAGAGCAGGAGAUCCCAGGCCUACAAGGUGUGGACACCCGAGCCCUCACCAAAAAGAUCCGGGAGAAGGGAACUAUGCUGGGCAAGCUUAUCCCACAAGGCUCAAGCGAGGGCCACAUCCCCUACGAUGAUCCUGGUAAAAGGAACCUGGUGCAGGAGGUGUCUGUGAAGGAACCGCGUGUUUUCAACCGUGGCGGUGAUGUGAAGAUCGCGGCCCUGGACUGCGGCCUGAAAUACAACCAGAUCCGCUGCUUGUGCCAGAGAGGGGCAGAGGUGACCAUACUGCCCUGGGACUCUCCCAUCAACCGUGCAGACUUUGACGGGCUUUUUCUCAGUAAUGGUCCUGGAGAUCCGCUCUUCUGCCAGGAGUCUGUCCAGAACAUCCGAAACUUCAUGAAUGAAGACCAACCAAAGCCGGUGUUUGGAAUCUGCCUGGGGCACCAGAUCCUGUCCCUGGUCAUCGGGGCCAAGACCUACAAGAUGAAGUAUGGGAACCGCGGCCAUAACCAGCCGUGUAUCCACGAGGGCUCCCGAAGAUGCUUCAUCACCUCUCAGAAUCAUGGCUACGCCGUUGACCCCAAAACCUUACCAGAAGGCUGGUCACCGCUCUUUACCAAUGCCAAUGAUGAGUCCAAUGAGGGCAUCAUUCACGACUCCAAACCGUUCUUCAGUGUGCAGUUCCACCCUGAGCACCGUGCUGGCCCCAUGGACUUGGUGUGUCUGUUUGACGUCUUCUUGGACACCGUGCGGGAUAUAAAGGCUGGCAAAGUGGGAGGAGUCACAGUGAAGCAGCGGCUGGAUGAUCUCCUCACAUACAAAGACUCUCCCAGCGAGUCGGAGGUGAUUGCCUGCAGACCUCGUAAAGUGCUGAUCCUGGGCUCCGGGGGGCUCUCUAUCGGCCAGGCCGGGGAGUUUGACUACUCUGGAUCCCAGGCCAUUAAAGCGCUGAAAGAGGAAAACAUCCAGACUGUGCUGAUAAACUCCAACAUUGCCACGGUGCAGACCUCCAAGGGGCUUGCGGACAAGGUGUACUUUCUGCCGAUCACGGCGGAGUAUGUAACACAGGUGAUAAAGUGCGAGAGGCCAGAUGGCAUUCUCCUAACAUUUGGCGGUCAGACGGCUCUGAACUGUGGGGUGGAGCUGACGAAACGCGGGGUGCUGGAGAAGUACAAUGUGCGUGUCCUGGGCACCCCGGUGAAGUCCAUUGAGAUGACUGAAGACCGGAAGAUCUUUGUGGAGAAGAUGGAGGAGAUUGGGGAACAUGUGGCACCAAGCGAGGCCGCCUCCUCGUUGGAGCAGGCUCAGGCUGCCGCGGAGCGUCUGGGGUACCCGGUCUUGGUACGUUCGGCCUACGCGCUUGGUGGGCUGGGCUCUGGCUUCGCCAACACAAGGGAGGAGCUAACGUCCCUGGUGUGCCAGGCAUUCGCCCACACCACGCAGGUCCUGGUGGACAAAUCGCUAAAGGGAUGGAAGGAGAUUGAGUAUGAGGUGGUGAGAGACGCCUAUAACAACUGCAUAACGGUGUGCAACAUGGAGAACGUGGACCCUCUGGGUAUCCACACCGGGGAGUCCAUAGUGGUGGCGCCCAGCCAGACACUGAAUGACUACGAGUACAACAUGCUACGCAACACUGCAAUCAAAGUGAUCCAGCACCUGGGCAUUGUGGGAGAGUGCAACAUCCAGUAUGCCCUGAACCCGCACUCUGAGCAGUAUUACAUCAUCGAGGUGAACGCGCGACUCUCCCGCAGCUCGGCCCUGGCAAGCAAGGCCACCGGAUACCCCUUGGCAUAUGUGGCAGCCAAACUGGCAUUGGGGAUCCCUCUUCCAGUUCUCAGAAACUCUGUCACCAACUCCACCACAGCCAACUUUGAGCCCAGCUUGGAUUACUGCGUGGUGAAGGUCCCCCGCUGGGAUCUUAGUAAAUUCCUCCGAGUCAGCACCAAGAUCGGCAGCUCAAUGAAGAGCGUGGGGGAAGUCAUGUCGGUGGGACGCAAUUUCGAGGAAGCUUUCCAGAAGGCGCUGCGCAUGGUGGAUGAGAACUGCGUGGGGUUCGACCACACGUUGAAAGCGGAGUCUGAUGAGGAGCUGGAGACCCCCACGGACAAGCGGAUAUUUGUGCUGGCAGCAGCGCUGCGGGCCGGCUACACCAUCGAUCGCCUGUACGAACUGACGAAGAUCGACCGCUGGUUCCUCCACAAGAUGAAGAACAUCACCGACCAUUUAUCCACACUGGAGUCCUACCAGGGCGACACCGCCAUGACCCGGGAUGUCCUGCUCCGUGCCAAACAGCUGGGCUUCUCCGACAAGCAGGUGGCAAUGGCUGUGCAGAGCACGGAGCUCGCCGUCCGGAAGUUGCGUCAGGAAUGGCAGAUCCUUCCGGUAGUGAAGCAGAUUGACACGGUGGCCGCCGAGUGGCCGGCACAGACCAAUUACCUGUACCUGACCUACAACGGCAUACAGCACGACCUGUCAUUCGAGGAGCCACACGUCAUGGUGAUCGGCUCAGGCGUCUACCGCAUCGGCAGCAGCGUGGAGUUCGACUGGUGUGCGGUGGGCUGUAUACAGGAAUUGCGCAAGAUGGGCUUCAAGACGAUUAUGGUGAAUUAUAACCCGGAGACUGUCAGCACUGACUACGACAUGUGCAACAGGCUCUACUUUGACGAGAUCUCCUUCGAGGUGGUGAUGGACAUUUAUGAGCUGGAGAACCCAGAGGGGAUCAUCUUGUCCAUGGGAGGCCAGCUACCCAACAACAUAGCCAUGUCCCUGCACCGACAGCAGUGCCGCGUCCUGGGCACCUCGCCUGACUCCAUUGACUCUGCUGAAAACCGCUUCAAGUUUUCCCGCCUGCUGGACACCAUUGGGAUCAGCCAACCGCAGUGGAGGGAGCUGUCUGAUAUGAAGUGUGCUCUGCAGUUCUGUAACUCUGUGGGGUUCCCCUGCGUGGUGCGCCCGUCCUACGUUCUUAGCGGGGCUGCCAUGAACGUCGCGCAUUGUGACGAAGAUCUGGAGAAAGUUCUUAGCAACGCCGUGGCCGUGUCCAAAGAACAUCCCGUGGUCAUCUCCAAAUACAUCCAGGAAGCCAAGGAGAUAGACGUGGAUGCUGUGGCCUGUGACGGGGUGGUGGUGGCCAUUGCCAUCUGUGAGCAUGUUGAGAAUGCUGGAGUCCACUCUGGAGAUGCCACACUGGUCACCCCUCCUCAGGACAUCACCCCCAAAACCCUGGAGAGGAUCAAAGCCAUCGUCCAUGCGAUUGGACUGGAGCUCCAGGUCACCGGACCCUUCAACCUGCAGCUCAUUGCCAAGGACGAUCAGCUGAAAGUGAUUGAGUGCAACGUCCGAGUCUCCCGCUCCUUCCCCUUCGUCUCCAAGACGUUGGGGGUGGACAUGGUGGCUCUGGCCACACAGGUGAUCAUGGGAGAGGAGGUGGAGCCGAUUGGACUGAUGACGGGGAUGGGAAUUGUGGGUGUGAAGGUGCCUCAGUUCUCCUUCGCUCGCCUGGCCGGAGCAGAUGUGGUCCUCGGGGUGGAGAUGACCAGCACGGGGGAGGUGGCCUGCUUUGGAGAGAACCGCUACGAAGCCUAUUUGAAGGCCAUGCUGAGUACCGGCUUUAAGAUUCCACAGAAGAACAUUCUGCUGACCAUCGGGAGCUACAAGAAUAAGAGCGAGCUCCUGCCCACCGUGCGGGCCCUGGAGAGCCUCGGGUACAGCCUCUUCGCCAGUCUUGGCACAGCCGACUUCUAUACUGAACACGGAAUUAAGAUUAAGGCGAUGGAUUGGGUCUUUGAAGAUCCGGACAGCGAUGGGCACAUGAAGGAGAAGCAGGGGAGCAUCAUGGACCAUCUGUCCGAGAACCACUUUGAUCUGGUCAUCAACCUAUCCAUGAGAAACUCCGGCGGUCGCAGGCUUUCCUCCUUCGUCACCCGCGGGUACCGUACUCGCCGCUUGGCGGUGGAUUACUCCGUUCCCCUGAUCAUCGACAUCAAGUGCACCAAACUGUUUGUGGAGGCUCUGCGUCAGAUUGGAGCCAACCCUCCGGUGAAGACCCAUGUGGACUGUAUGACCUCCCAGAAGUUUAUCCGCCUUCCAGGUCUGAUUGACGUACACGUACAUCUACGAGAACCUGGCGCCACUCAUAAGGAAGACUUCUCCUCUGGCACUGCGGCUGCUCUGGCGGGAGGUGUCACUAUGGUGUGCGCCAUGCCCAACACCAAUCCGGCUAUCACCGAUGCCACCACCUUCUCCCUGGCACAGAAGCUAGCAGAGGCUGGUGCCCGAUGUGACUUUGCCCUGUUCCUGGGCGCCUGUUCAGAGAAUGCCGGGUCCCUCUCCUCCAUCGCCAGUUCAGCGGCCGGACUGAAGAUGUAUCUGAACGACACUUACUCUCAGCUCAAGAUGGACAAUGUCUCUUUGUGGAUGGAGCACUUUGAGAAGUGGCCGUCUCAUUUGCCGAUUGUGGCUCACGCAGAGAACCAGACAGUUGCAGCAAUUCUGAUGGUGGCUCAGCUAUAUAAGCGUUCGGUGCACAUCUGCCAUGUGGCUAAGAAGGAAGAGAUCCUGAUCAUUAAGGCUGCCAAGCAGAAAGGCAUCCAAGUUACCUGCGAGGUGGCGCCUCAUCACCUGUUCCUCUGCCUGGACGACCUUGACCGGCUGGGGGACAAGAAGGGGCAAGUGCGUCCCAUGCUGGGGACCCGAGAGGACAUGCAGGCCUUGUGGGACAACCUGGACAUUAUAGACUGCUUCGCCACCGAUCACGCCCCCCACUCUGUGGAGGAGAAGGAAGGGCCAAACCCUCCCCCUGGGUAUCCCGGCCUGGAGACUAUGCUUCCCCUACUACUCACUGCCGUUAGCGACGGACGACUGAUGAUGGAUGACAUCAUCAAGCGCCUGUAUGACAACCCCCGCAAAAUAUUCUCACUGCCAGUCCAAGAAAAUACAUAUGUUGAGGUGGAUUUGGAACAUGAGUGGGUGGUCCCACAGUCUAUGCAGUUCACCAAAUCCAAGUGGACCCCAUUUGAGGGAAUGAAGUUGAAGGGAGCUGUGCGUAGGGUCGUCCUGCGGGGUGAAGUGGCGUACAUUGAUGGACAGGUCCUUGUGCCGGCUGGUUACGGUCAGGAUGUCAGGAAGUGGAUUCCUCCACUGGCUCCUCAGACUGUUCCCACCCAGAAUAAAGAAGUCGUUAAGACUCCGGAACGCCAUCGUCAUGUGACCAUGCAGACUGAAGUCAUUCGGAGCCGGGCCCCCAGCCCUCGGAGAGCUGCCCCUACCGCUGAAGCCCGCUUCCAUCUGCCGCCAAGAAUCCACCGCUCGUCUGACCCCGGCCUGCCAGUGUCCAGGAGGAUGUCUGUCACUCAGCUCAGAGGGACCGCAGGGAAGAUCGCUGAGGAGCCGCUAAAGGACAGAGCCAAGAAGUCUUCAGACACAGAUCUAUCAUCUAUUCAGGACGGUUAUCCCUACCCGCCCCCCAUCCCCCGUCUGGUGUCCCCCCAGAACGCGGCGAUGCAGAGUAUCCCUCACGUACAGACCUCGCCCCUCCUUCAUCCGCUCAUUGGACAACACAUCCUGUCCGUCAAACAGUUCACCAAGGACCAGAUGUCCCACCUGUUCAACGUGGCGCACACACUUCGAAUGUUGGUACAGAAAGAGCGUAGUGUCGAUAUAUUGAAGGGUAAGGUCAUGGCAUCCAUGUUCUUCGAGGCUAGUACACGGACCAGCAGUUCCUUUACAGCAGCCAUGCAGCGUCUGGGAGGGUCAGUGCUCAGCUUCUCGGAGACAACCUCAUCCUCCCAGAAGGGUGAAUCUUUGACGGAUUCUGUGCAGACGAUGAGCUGUUACUCUGACGUGCUGGUGGUGAGACAUCCAGAGCCCGGAGCGGUGGAGCUGGCUGCCAAACACUGCCGCAAGCCGGUCAUCAAUGCCGGAGAUGGGGUAGGGGAGCACCCAACACAGGCUCUGCUGGAUAUAUUCACCAUACGGGAGGAGCUGGGGACUGUCAACGGGAUGACUAUCACCAUGGUGGGGGAUUUGAAGCACGGCCGUACAGUUCACUCUCUGGCGUGCCUCCUUACCCAAUACCGUGUCAACCUGAGGUAUGUCACGCCACGCAGCUUGAGGAUGCCCGCUAAGAUAAUCCAUUUUGUGGCUUCCAAAGGAAUAAAACAGGAAGAGUUUGACAGCAUUGAAGAGGCUUUGCCGGACACGGAUGUCCUCUACAUGACCCGCAUACAGAAGGAACGGUUUGACAGCAAAGAGGAGUACGACCGGUGCUUUGGCCAGUUUAUCCUCAGUCCGCACAUCAUGACCCGGGCCAAGAAGAAAAUGGUGGUUAUGCACCCAAUGCCGCGAGUUAAUGAGAUCAGCUUUGAAGUAGACUCAGACCCCCGCGCGGCCUACUUCCGCCAGGCUGAGAAUGGUAUGUUCGUACGCAUGGCGCUGCUGGCCACGGUCCUGGGGAAGUACUGACACCCCCCCCCCCCCCCCCUGAAAUGGUUACAACUAUCAACACCCCACGUGGAUCUCUGAGGCUGCACUCCAGGGAAAAGAACCAAAGAGAAGCCACCAGCUCUGGACCAAAUUUUGGACUCUGUAGAAAUCCCAAACUAGAUGCACUAACCGGCCUCCCCACUCCAUUCACCCCAUAACACAUCCAACGCUUAGUGCUGCUGCUGUCUACACGGAUUAUGGGGCUUAUGGUCUGGCUGGUGGAAGUGCUUGGCUGCUUCCCCAUAGUUCAUUUUUCCAUUUGGUAGUAAUGUUGGCUAUGCUGUGACCUACUCUGACCUAUUUACGUGACACUUAUACAUGGCUUUUGACCUUUUAAUAAAUGACGACUGCAAUAUCGAAGGCUUACAAGCAAGUGGAGUAUCCAGUCUAUAACAGGUAUUGGGGUUAAAGGGAAAUUAUUCCAGCAGCACAAGGGGGCAGAAACAGUCAUGCAUGUAUAAAAAAAUCUUAAAAAAAAAAAAAAAA